AUGAGCAAGAUCGAGGGCCAGGUGGCCGUGUCCAAGAUUCUGAACCAGCUCCUGGACAUGACUCAAUCCACCGAGCGGCAGUAUCACGCCAACGGCGCUGCGCACGUCAGCGCCCCACUGGAGCUGUCGGCGAGCAAGGCCAUCUCCAGCAACUGCUGGGAGGUACAGCAGCUGGGGCUGCACCAAAGCGGCCUGUUCCUGCUGAGGCUGGGACGGGGGCUGCGGCCUGCGCUCGCCUACUGCGACCACGAGACGGACGGCGGCGGCUGGACGGUGAUACAGCAGCGGCUGCCGGCCGAGCCACAGCUCGACUUCUUCCUCGGCUGGGAGGCCUACAAGUGGGGCUUCGGCGACUUGGAGCACGAGUUCUGGUUGGGGAACGAGAAUAUCCAUUUGCUCACCACCUCGGACAAGUUCGAGCUGCGGGUGGAGCUUGAAGGCCACGACGGCACACACCGGUACGCGCACUACGAGCGGUUCGUCGUGGCCGCCGAGCAGGACCAGUACCGCGUCAGGGUGUUCGGCUAUAGCGGCGACGCCGGUGACAGCCUCGACAUCGGCGGUGCGGCCUUCACCACCAAGGACCGCGAUAACGACCAGCUGGCGGACGGCAACUGCGCCAGCUUGCUGCACGGCGGCUGGUGGUACAGCCGCUGCGGCAACGCCAACCUCAACGGCGGCUACCUGGACGCCCAGCCCGACAGCCAGGACAGCGGCGUGUUCUGGGCGGCCUGGACAGGCUACCGGCACUCGCUGAAGAGCGUGCGCAUGAUGGUCCGGCCGGCCAGCUACUACGCCACGCGCAAGACGGCGAACCGCAGCUGA